GCCCCGCCGGCGCUGCGCGGCGCGGCGAGGCCGUCGUUCCUCGCCUUGAUCUGCCUCUGCAACUUGACUGUUCUCUAGAAAAGAGCAUGCCAAAGAUCAGGAAUAUGGCUCCUGGGUUCCUGACAACCAGGGAUGAGGCAUUAACGGCCUUCAAGGACGUUGCUGUGGCCUUUACCCAGAAGGAAUGGAAGCUGCUGAGUCCUGCCCAGAGGACUCUAUAUCGGGAUGUAAUGCUGGAGAACUACAGCCACUUGGUGUCAGUGGGAAUUGCAUUUUCCAAGCCAAAGCUCAUUACACAACUGGAGCAAGGGGACGAGCCCUGGAGAGAGGAGACUGAAUGUCUUCUGGACCUUUGUCCUGGCAAGAACAUCCAGUGCAAUGAUGAAUUUAAAUGGUGAGAAUGGACAUCCUUCCUGAUCUUAUGGGGAAUGCUUUCCUCCUAAGUUGACUUCAAGCAUCUGCAGGGGCCAGCUCAGCAGUUUUACAGAGGGGAGACCGCUCUGACAAGGAUUAUUCUUUCAGUCCACAGUACUUUGAUGAUUGAUUGGUUUUACUUUAGUCUGAAUCUUUGACACUAAUAACCCAUUACUGAAAAUGCAAAUAUACCCUAUAAAUUUUUAUCCAAUUUUCCAUGUUCCUUGUAUACACACACAAAUUCAAUAUAUGAUUCUCACCACAAACCAUUAAUACCUAUGAUUCCCAGCACAUUACAAUUAUGAGAACAUUUACUCUAUAUCCCCCAGUACAUACAGCUCACACCACCUACAUAUACAUAAUCCACACUCUCAAAUACACUAAAACAACCUCACCAUUGUCCAAAAUACAGAUUCCUAUAAAUUCCACUCCAUAAAAGCCACUGACCUACACAUACCAUAAUUUCCAUAAAAUGGGGUUUUACAAAAGCAAAUGCAUAUUGGGCCUCCCCUGGUGGCACAGCGGUUGAGCGCUGGGAUGCGAAGCUGCAGACAGCCUCUACAGCACCAGUUCGAUCCCCAGCCGCUGGCGAGGGUCCCACACAGCAGGCAGACCUCUCCUGCCGCACCCACUGCUCCCCUCAGCAGUAUUUCGUUGGUCUGCCUGUUCUGUUCCCCGCUCUGGCUCUGGUGAAUUCUCUCACCCUCCUGAGCUUCUGACUGUACC